CGCGUGCGCAGUCUAUACAGCUGCAGACAAUAACAACAGUCUGCGCAGAUUGCCCUUUCAUUCCAAGAUGGCGGAUCUUCUAGGCUCAAUCUUAAACUCGAUGGAGAAGCCUCCAACAGUCGGCGACCAGGAAAGCCGACGAAAGGCUCGAGAGCAAGCAGCAAGACUCAAGAAGAUGGAGGAAGAGGAGAAAAGAAAGAAAGCAGCAUUCAGGAAGAAGAUGGAGAAAGAGGUGUCGGAUUUCAUUCAAGACAGUUCACAACAGAAACGUAAAUACAAUCCUAUGGGGAAGAUUGAAAGGAGCAUAUUGCAUGAUGUUGCAGAAGUAGCCGGUCUGACUUCUUUUUCUUUCGGAGAGGACGAGGAGAGCCGUUAUGUCAUGCUUUUCAAGAAGGAAUUUGCUCCAUCAGACGAGGAGCUGGAAGCCUAUCGUAAAGGAGAGGAAUGGGAUCCUCAGCUGGCAGAGCAACGGCGCAGACUAAAAGAACAGGCUGCAUUGGAAGAAAUAGCAUCUAGUCAGACAAAGAAGCCGGAGACAUGUCCCAACUCCAACUACAGAGACAAGUACAGUCACCUGAUUGGCACCUCGGCAGCAAAAGAUGCAGCACAUACACUAGAGGCCAACAGGGCCUACGGCUGUGUGCCGGUGGCCAACAAGAGGGACACUCGCUCCAUAGAGGAAGCCAUGAAUGAAAUCAGAGCGAAGAAACGGCAGAAGCAGGAGGACGACACAGGAGCACACAGCAGCAGCUCUUGAGUCUCCAUUUUUGUUUUCUGUGUACCGGUGUGUGUGAACGUGUGUUUGUGUGUGUGUGCGUGCGUGUGCACACAGUAUAAUUCAUCCUACAAUGCAAUAUCUAGUACGUCAGACAUUUAGAGUAUAACUUAUAUGAAUCUCGUACGUGUGCCGCUCUCUGACUGAGACUGUGCUGAAAUCUUGGUGGAGGUACUCAGGUGUGUCUGAUCCAGGAGGUGGAUCACUAUCCGUGUUUAACAUUUGACCAUGAUGUUCUGUCAGCUGUCAAACUUGUCACACGUUCUAAUAUACUAUACAGUAUGAGAAACAUGUUUUUCCAGUAGGUCUUUGGCAACCAAAAAGCAGCCAUCAUUUUUAAAGGAAACUUUGUGUCAGUGAUUGACAUUUUUGAUGCAGUUGUACAUUUACAGUCCUAAUAUUUUUUUAUCAGUAAAGUAUUGAUAAUUAUGAGCUUUAACCAGGCUGGAUGAUGUCUUGAAAGCAAAGUUUUAGACAGAGCAUGUGCUGACAGUGUUCCAAAUAUCUAGUGUACUUUUUAAAAGGCAAACGAAUGCCAUCUAUAGACCAGCUUUUGGUUUGUUGGUUUCAUUCUCAACCCGUUUCAGAGCUUUGUAAAGUGGGAAGCAUGUCAUUUCCUCCAUUUCGAGAGGAAUCACAUUUUAGAAAAUACUUCUUUUGUGGAUUUUAGGCCUCUGUGAUCAAGUUAUGUUCUUGUUUCUGAACAUCUGCACUGUCUGUGAAUGAAACUGUUAGUGCACACUAAAUGUUUUAUUAUUGAGCCGUGUGAUGGCUUUCAAAAGGCGUCAUAGGAGGGAGCUGAUGUACCAGGCUCAUUGUAGGGAUAUUUGUCAAGUAUGUUUCUCUGCAUCCUGAUGUCUGUUUUAACAAGGUUGCACUGUUUUAUCUCCCCAUGUGUGUUAAUAAAUGGAGAACUGUG